AUGUGUGAGGGGAUCUUAAACAGAUUAAGUGCAAUAAAUUCAUGUACCUGUCUCAAGCCUAAUAAAUCGUUGCCAAAUGUUACGGGGAUCUGUCAACUAGAAGGAUGGUGCCCCGUUGAGAAUGAUUCGAUACAACCGAAACCGAUACGUGAUGCAUUAAAUUUUACAAUAUUUAUUAAAAAUUUUAUUGAAUUUCCUCGAUUUAAAGUAAUACGAAAAAAUAUUGUCGCAUCACCCGAUUAUCUCAAAGGCUGUAUUUAUAACAAUAGGACAGACAGAACAUGUCCCAUAUUUAAAGUUGGAAAUUUACUUGAAGACGUUGAAUCAGAUCCAGAUGAAAGAGACAAAAUGUUGCAAUUGGGUGGUGUUAUUCGUGUUAAAGUUGAUUGGGAUUGCAAUUUAGAUAAACCUUUGGCAAGAUGUGAACCGCGAUAUACUUUUGGACGUCUCGAUGCUCGAUUUAAAGACGAAACGUUUUCUUUUGGAUUUAAUUUUCGAUUUGCCUCUCAUUGGAAACAUCAAAAUCGUGCAUUUCGAACAUUAACAAAAGCAUUUGGACUCCGCAUGAUUAUCUCAGUUUCUGGUCGAGCUGGUAAAUUUGACGUUAUUACAUUGAGUUUAAAUAUUGGUUCAUUAAUUGGAAUAUUGGGUUUAGCCACGUUCAUUUGUGAUAUUGUUGCACUCUAUCUUCAUAGACAAUCAACUGUUUAUCGUCAACAAAAAUUUCAAGAUGUUGAUUUAAAUUUGAUGCGUUUAGAAAAAUUGAAUAGUUUACAACCGAAUAUUGAUGAAACAGUCAAACAAAAUCAUGAACAAUCUUCAUCAACAUUAGAUAGUAACAACAAAGAAAUUCAUAAACGAAAAAAGAAACACAAGGAUAGAAACGAUUCAUCACUACAGAAUCAUCUAUCACACCAACAACAUUGUAAUUUUUCUUUGCAAAAUUCAAUUGACAUGUCAUCUAUACCAAAUGUUGACUCAUCUCAUUCAUCGUUGAGAACAAAUAAUGCUUCAUCAUCAUCUCUUGUUGUUACACCCAUAAUGAUGACGAAACAUCAACAAUAUAAACAACAACCAAAUUCCAUUAUUAGUCGUUCGUUAUCAUUUGAUAAAGCUUUAUCAUCACAAUCAUCACCAAUUAUAACACGUCGAUUAAAAGAUAAUAAUACACAACGUAACAAACAUAACAGAUCAAAAUCACGUGAUAGUGCAACAGUAUACGAACAUGAUCGUUUAAAUAAACUGACGGAUCAAGACAUCGAGGAACGUGAUAAUAUAGUAUUUGUAGACGAUGAUGAUGAGGACGAGACGGAUAGAGCAUCUGUAAACACCGUACAAUUUAAUCUAGCAGAUCAUUCAAAAACCCUAACAAAAGAUCAUACGGCAACACCACCGGCAUCUGAAAUACUGUCAAAUUCAAAAUUAGAGACGUUUUUGUAA